ACAAGGAAAGCAUCUGUACCACAAAUGUUAAAACCAGGGAAACUCAACAUGCUCCAUACCUCGCUAGAGGUGCUAGCGAAACAAAACAAACUCCGGCCCCGGACCCAGCAGUCUCAGAGACAUGACGGAAUUCCUAUCCUUCGGAAACGAGAGCCUUUAAAAGCGGUUCGAACCCCUUUCACGAGUGAAGCAUUUAAUCCGUGGCCAGAGGAGGAGGAAAAUCGACCGGAAACCCCAUUUGUGAAAACGAGGCUUCAGAGACAAUUGCUUGGUAGCGGUGGCAGCCGGAGCAAUGUCCCCAGUGAGACGGCGGACCUGUUUGGGUCUAACGGCAUGUACAGGAGACAGAUUGGGUUAGAGUCCCCCACUCUGAUACUGAGGUCCUCAGGACGAACAAGCAGCCGCGGAAAGAACAGAUGCGGUACCCCUGUUCCAUUUGGUCAACCAUUAACUAAGCUGUGCUGGAACAAUGCAUUAGAAGACGAAUUUAGUGAUCUCAGCGAUAUGGACGACGCACCACCAGUUCGACAAACCGACACACCCAGACGGUCAACUCCGAGCAGGAAAAGGCGAGAUUUGAAUGACAUCACACUAUCUGACUUGGAGAUGGACAAUACUUUCCCGCCAAAAACACCGGAGGUGGUCAAUCUAACUCAAAAAGUGCUACAUCAUUAUUUUCAUAAGAAAAUGAGCAGCACCCAAAGGAUUUUCAAGUGGUUAGCUGAUUGUGAGGAAAAAUCAUCGGGAUCGACAUUACCGGCUCACUUACCGGAUAUAACAGUCACGUGUAGGCCACACUUGCAGUCACCGUUAUUAAACUAA